AUGGAGGUCGAAACUAUUUCCAAAGAGUACAUCAAGCCCUCUUCUCCAACACCUCCUAACCUGAAAACCUACAAGAUCUCCCUCUUGGACCAGUUCCUGUCUUCCAUCUAUAUUCCCACUAUCAUUUUCUAUCAAAACGAUCAAAUUAGCACAGGUCAUGCUGAUAUUGUCUCUCAAAGAUCACAACUACUAAAACAAUCCCUAUCAGAGACUUUGACUCGCUUUUACCCUUUGGCAGGAAAAAUCAAAGACAACCUUUCUAUUAAUUGUAAUGAUGAGGGGGUCUAUUAUUCAGAGACACAUGUAAAUUGUCGUCUUGUUGACUGCCUCAACCGGCCUAAUCUUCGAACUUUCUAUCUCUUUCUUCCCCAAGGUGUUAGUUGGAGCGGCGCAACUGCGGGAGAUCAUGUAGCUAAGAUACAAGUGAACAACUUUGCAUGCGGCGGUGUUGCCAUCGGUGUCCUUGUUUGUCACAUGAUUGCUGAUGGAACUGCCUUUAGUGCCUUUCUUAAAGCUUGGGCUGCCACCACUCUUGAGGUUUCUGAAGAUGUAAUAUGUCCUAAUUUUAAUGCCCCAGCAAUUUUCAUACAAAAUGAAGCAUACCCCAUGGAAGCAACUUUAAUGGCUUUGACCAUGCCUCUUCUUAGAUCCGGCAGGUGUACUGGAAGGAGAAUUGUGUUUGAUGCGUCGGUCAUUGCCUCACUUAAGGCUAAAGCAACUAGCUCAAGCAUCCCAACCCCGACAAGAGUUGAGGUAGUCUCGGCUCUCCUAGUAAAAUGCAUCAUGGCUGCCUUCAAGACUAAAUCUGGUAUCGAGAAGCCAACAUUUUAUACACAUGCAGUGAAUUUGCGUCGAACAGCAGCUCCACCAUUCCCAGAAUCAUCUAUGGGAAACUUUAUUUGGGUAGCAGGCGUGUUAUGCAUGGAUGAUGAGAAGAUGGAGUUGGCUUACAUGGUGAGGAAGCUCAGAGAAGCAAAAACAAAAAUCGAUGCUGACUUUUUGGGAGACCUGCAAGGUGAUGGAGGGUUUCCAAAGCUUUACGAGCAUGUAAAUGCAAUGGGACGGACACUCUCAAGUGCAGCAAGCCAUCGUGGAAUGGAUUACAUUAGUUUUACAAGUUGGUGUAACUUUGGUCUCUACGAUAUUGACUUUGGAUGGGGAAAGCCGAUGUGGGUAAGUUGUAUUGACUCAAGUGAUGAGAGGGAGCAGGUGUUUCCAAAUACGAUAAUGCUGAUGGACACAAGAUGUGGCGGUGGAAUAGAAGCAUGGGUGUGGUUGGACAAAGAAGAUAUAGCCAUGUUAGAACAAGAAAAGGAACUCCUUGCUUUCGCUUCCUUGGAUCCUAGUCCCAUAAAGGUCUAA